UUGGGUGGAGUCGGAGCAUUUUUUAGAGCAAAGGGAGUUUUACCCCCGCUGGAGUUUGACAAAGCUGGAGGAGCGGCAUUGAUCCACAUCUUUGACCUUCUCGCUGCAGGUUUCGUUUCUUGGGUGGAGUCGCAGCAUUUUGCAGAGCAAAAGGAGUUUUACGCCCGCUGGAGGAGCGGCAUUGAUCCACAUCUUUGACCUUCUCGCUGCAGUUUCCGUUGGUGGUCAUGGAUGAUUUUGUUCGUGAUAAAUUAACUGAAUGGGGUCUACGCGAGUUGAUAGAAACAUUUAAAGAACAAAAGAUUGACAGGAAAAGUUUGUACUGUCUGGAGGAUCAAGAUAUUGUUGAAUUGAUUCCGUUAGUGGGACCACGGUCCGUUUUCAAGACGGAACUGAAGUUGUUAAAGGAACAAAACACAGCAAAUCCGGAUACAUCUCAUGCGUCUGCUCAAGUCAUUCCGUCCACCAGUGGCAGAAGAAAUGACGGAAAGAGAAAGUCUGAUCUCCAGGGCGAGUCCAAUCAACAGCAAUCACCGACUAAAAAACAACACCUUGCCAAAGAAAUAAAGACACUGACUAAGGUGAAAGACAUAAUGCGACGUGUCCUAAAGACAAUACCUCCUGAAAAAAACAACCUGAACGACUUCCUGAGGAGAAAAAUCCAUGAUUUGGAGACGGACGAGAGGAAGGUGGUCGGUGUCUUCGGUAAAACCGGAGCUGGAAAAAGCUCUUUGAUAAAUGCCGUCAUUGGAUUGAACAAGUUCUUGCCCUCUGGAAGCGUCAGUGCAUGUACAUCAGUCUUGAUUAAAGUGGAGGCUAACAUGCAGAACCAAAAGGGCGAGGCAAUCAUUGAGUUUAUUACGAAAGAGGAGUGGAGAGACGAGUUGUGGUUCUCAAAACAUUUCGGUCUGGAAAAUGAGGAAGAUGACCACAGGGAGAUUGUUGAAAAGCUGUCAGCGCUGUAUGGAGAAGACUGGAAAGAAAAAUCUUCUGAUGACCUCAUGGAUGGCAAAUAUUUCAUAGAGAUCCAAGAAUUUCUCCUUUCCAAGAAGAAGAUUUUGACUGCCGAUAAAGAUGAAGAGCUAUUUGAAAAAUUAAUCAGAUACACAAGAACCAAACCAGAUGACACAGAAGAUAAAGGCACAAAGAGGUGGUAUUGGCCGCUGGUGAAGUGUGUGACCAUCAAGGUGCCAAACGCUGAUCUUCUUAAGCAUGUCACACUCGUGGAUCUUCCUGGAAACGGGGACAGUAACAAGAGCAGAGACACGAUGUGGAAAACGGUGGUUGGAAGUUGUUCCACUAUCUGGAUCGUGACUGACAUUAAUCGAGCAGCAUCAGACAAAGAAGCCUGGGAUAUCCUGAAAGAUGCCUGCAGCUACAUGGGAAAUGGUGGCCAGUGUAAUCAGAUUCACUUCAUCUGCACCAAGUCUGAUCCUCAUCAAGAUGCAGAAGAUGAUUCAAGAACUGGUAUUCAUGAUUUCAUCUUGAAAAGAAACCGGCAAGCCAAAAAAGAAGUGAUGAAAGAAUUUAACCAACUAAAGGAGGUUAAGAAACACUUCAGUGAGGAAAGUUUCAAAGUCUUCACAGUGAGCUCCGUAGAGUUUCUGAAUCAGGAAUAUCUAAAUCAAGAAGAAACUGAAAUACCCAAACUUCAGGAGUUCCUGCAGGAGCUCAAUGACUGUCACAAAGAGACGUUGAACUACGUGUCCGGAGCCCGCGGGAUCCUCUCUCUGAUUCAAGGGGCCAGCCGCAGAGGAGGGUCUGAGAUAAAGAAAGAUGUGUGCACAAUCCUUGAAGAAAAGAUGACAGAUGAACUUGAAAAAGUCCAUAAACAAAUGGAAGAAACUUACCAGGCUUUUGAAAAGUGUCUCAGUGACGGAGUUGAGAAAUCUGAAAGUUACUGUGAAAAAGCCUUGGAGUCUGUGAUAAAUCCUAGAGGGUCAGGAAGUGGUUUCCACAUGACACUGAGGUCUUUAGUAACGCACAACGGCAUCUACAAAGCAAAAACAAACAAAAAUCAAAAAAAGAGGAAACAAAAAAACCUGAACAUGGCGUUAUCUUCAUACCUGACUGAGAGCAUCGAUGAGAAAUUCAAGGAGACCUUCCCAAAUGAAAUAAAUUGUGGACCAUUCAACGGAAAACUCAAUUCGUUUUCACUUGACACAAAGAGGAUGAAAAUGGAUCCAGAGUACGAAGAUGUGGAACUUCAACUGGAAUUUCUCAAUGCAGAGGAAAUUAAGAUGAAGAAGAAACUCAUCAAAAUCAUCCGCGAUCGCAAGAAAAAGAUCUACAGCAGUCUGAUGACAACAGUUGAGGAAUCAAUGCAGAAAUGCUAUGACGAUGCAAAAGGAAUUCGAGGACCUGACUUGCUGAAUAACAUGAGAGAAACGAUGAGGAAGCACGUUCAUGAUUCAAAAAACAUCAUGUUUAAGAAUGCUAAAAAGGUCAUGUUGAACCAGCUGAGAGAGUUAAGGGACGACAUCCUGAAGGACCUGAAAGAGACGAUGCAGGAAUCAAUCGAGCUGUCGCUCAAGACAGACGGUUACUCAAUUCCAGAUGUUGCAGAGGAGCUUGAUAUGGUGAAGAACCACCAUGAAGAACUGACGGGAAGCGCAGAAGAAGACCAGUAGUUUGUUGAUCGUCCGCCAAGCUGCUGAACAGCUGAUGAGCAGCUGAUGAGCAGCUGAAGAGCCCGAACCCUUUGAGACGUGAGGCCUCUGGAUUUGGUCUCAACCAUUUUUAUCAACUCAUCUCAUUACAAUUGUCUUUGAUGUGUACUUUGAAUUAGCUUGUGGUCAUAGACAUGCAUUGCGAUUUGAGAUUUUACAUGUUUUGUGGGACAUUUUAGUUUUUAAAUGAUUAAAGUUUAGACGCAGACAGAAGCUGUGUGUGUGUGUGGGGGGCGGGAAGGGGGGAGCAGGAUGUCACAUUGUGGUUUAAGAGUACAGCUCUCAGCCACCUAUGAUUACCAGUUUAGUGAUUCACAUUUUUCUUCUUGACUAUAUAUCUAUAAUAAUACAAUUUUAAUUGUAGUUUAGCAGUUGAUUAGUAUUGGUCUCAGUGUGUACUGUAUGUUCAGCUUGGCAAUGAUUUUAGGCUUUUUUAAGAUUUCUUUCUGUCAUUUUCAAAGAUAAAACUUUUUUACUGCAAAAUAAUGUUUAAAUGUGUUAAUUGAUGUAUCAAAAAUUGGAUGGAACUAGAUGAUUGUAAUCAACCAACAAGCAUAUCUGGUUUCUUAUUAUUUAGUGAAUAAUUGUUUUGUCUUAAUAUACAUUCUACGUGCAUUGAUAGUAUUUUGCACGGUAAACUCUCAAAUAAAGUUAAUUUUCAAAGUGUCA